AUGACCCAAACCGAUCCCCCAUCCCGCAAGCCCAUCCCAAUUACGAUCAUUACCGGCUUCCUUGGGGCCGGCAAAACAACCCUCAUCCUCAACCUCAUCCCCCAACUUCGCGCCCUCAACCCGUCGUACAAACUGGCCCUCCUCAAGAACGAAUUCGGCGACCUCGCAAUCGACUCGCAGCUCGCCUCAUCGUCGGCCAUCGCGGGCGUCACCGAGCUCCUCAACGGUUGCAUCUGCUGCAACCUGGUCGGCCAGCUGGGCCCGGCCCUGUCUGAACUACGCGACAAGGUAACGCCGGACCGCGUUGUGAUCGAGACGAGCGGCAGCGCGUUCCCCGCGACGCUGGCGCUCGAGGUGAACCGGCUGGCGAGGGAGACGGGCGGCGAAUAUGUCCUGGACGGGGUGGUUAGUGUGAUCGAUGUGGAGAAUUGGAAGGGGUAUGAGGAUACGAGCUAUACGGCGCGGUUGCAGGCGAGGUAUACCGACUUGGUGGUGUUCAAUAAGUGGGAGGGGUGCGGAGAGAGGAGGUUUGACGAGGUGCUGGAUCGGCUUGGGGAUCUGGAGGUGGAUGUUGCGUGGGUGAAGAGUGACAAGGGGUGGGUGGAUGUUGGGGUUGUGUUUGGGGUGGAUGGAGGGUUGGCGAGGGGGUUGGUGGAGGAGACAGAUCUUGAUGGGAGGGGGUGCAAGCACGGGGAUGGGUGUGGGCAUGAGCAUGGGAAGGAACAUCACCAGUCUGAGGUGGAGGUGUUGUCGGUGGAGUUGAAGGGGAAAACGACGGAUGCGGUAGUGGAUGCGGGCAAGCUGAUGGCUUUUUUGAAGAGCACGCCGAAGGACGAGGUGUACCGCAUCAAAGCCGUCCUUACCACUUCGGGGACAGUAAAGAACUCGGAGGAGAUGUCGGUUCCGGCCUCAUCACAGACGAGGAAGAGGUACAUUCUGAACUGGGCGUUUGGGAGGUGGACCUUUACAUCGAUGGGGCAGGAUGUUGCAGAGCAUGCGUCGAGCAGCCAGGCCAUCCUGAGGUUAACCAUGGUACUGGGCCGGUAUGAGAGCACAAAGUGGAGGAGGAAAUUAGAGGCUGGCGGGCUACUAGAACUAGAAGGCAUGGACAAGGGAGAUCUAACGGUAACGAAGGUCAAUCAAACGAGAAAUACAUAA